CUAUUUUACUUUCCAAACUGGAGACAGAAAAGAAAAAGAGAAUCGGAACAGAGAUAACUUUGCAUGGGAUUAUGAAGGAUCUAGUCAGUGAUUAUCUGCUACCAAUGGUACCUCUACAGGCUCAGUGCUUUCUUGUGAAGGGUGCAGUGAUCAGGCUCUGCUGAAACUGACUUUGAACUUGCAAAUCUCAAGUGCUGUUCGUGGCUGUGCUCUCCCCUGUUCAUCCAAAUGAUCCUCUUGUUACUUCUCAGAGUCCUAGCGUGCACCCUGGACUUUCAGCUACAUGGAGUGCAAGCUGAAUCCAAUCUAAGCAGCAAAUUUCAGUUUGGAAGUGCCAAGGAGCUAAAUGGAGUGCAGGAACACCAGCAUGAGAAGAUUAUUUCGGUUGCAUUUAAUGGAUCCAUUCACAGCCCCCGGUUUCCCCACACGUAUCCAAGAGAAACUGUGUUGGUAUGGAAAUUGGUUGCACUGGAGGAACAUGUACGGAUACAACUGACCUUUGAUGAAAAAUUUGGGCUAGAAGACCCAGAAGGUGAUAUAUGCAAGUAUGAUUUUGUAGAGAUUGAAGACCCCAGUGACGGCACAAUCUAUGGGCGAUGGUGCGGCUCUAAUACAGUGCCAGGCAAACAGAUUUCGAAAGGAAAUCAGAUCAGGAUACGAUUUGUAUCUGAUAAAUAUUUCGCUUCUGAACCAGGAUUCUGCAUUCAUUAUACCCUCCUCACCCCGCAACAAGCAGAACCGCUCAGCUCCUCAGUGCUCCCCCCAUCAGCAUUGCCACUAGAUGUUCUCAGUGCAACAGUCUCCCAUUUUGGAACUGUAGAAGAAGUAAUCAGAUACCUUGAACCAGAUCGGUGGCAUUUGGACAUAGAGGAAUUGUACAGACCAUCAUGGCAAUUACUUGGGAAAUCCUAUAUCCAUGGCAGAAAAUCCAGAGCAGGUGACCUGAGUAUUAUGAGAGAGGAAGUACGUCUGUACAGCUGCACACCACGAAACUUUUCAGUAUCUCUACGGGAAGAACUGAAGCGGACGGAUGCCAUAUUUUGGCCAAGUUGUCUCCUGGUUAAGCGAUGUGGUGGCAAUUGUGCUUGCUGCAAUUACAGCUGCAAUGAAUGCCAAUGCACACCAACUAAAGUCACUAAAAAGUACCAUGAGGUUCUACAGCUCAGGCAAAGGACUGGUUCAAAAUCCCUUCAGAAAUCUCUCACAGAUGUGGCUUUGGAACACCAUGAAGAGUGCACUUGUCUGUGCAAAGGAAACACAGAAGGAUAAUCAGAUGGAUAAAUUAAUCAAUAUUUAAAGCACAUAAAAUGUAUUGCUGUUUCCCCACGGGGAUAACUUAUUUUAACUCUGCAAACAUUGGUAGUCCAUUUACGGCUGCCUGUAUUGCAGAUGUACAGCAACUGGACAUGAUGAUGAAAGGAGACGCUGGAAAAAAAAAA